AUGAGUUUCGUUCCCCCAGAUCCCCAUUUCCAGUUCCAGCACAUUUUGCGUCUGUUGAACACUAACGUCGAUGGCAAACGUAAAAUUCAAUAUGCCUUGACUGAGAUCAAGGGUAUCAACCGCCGAUUUGCCAACCUCGUUUGCAAAAAGGCUGAUAUCGACUUGUCAAAACGCGCCGGUGAACUUAACUCUGAUGAACUCGAGCGGAUAGUCAAUGUCAUGCAACAGCCAUUACAAUACAAAAUUCCAGAAUGGUUCCUUAACAGACAGAAAGAUAUUGUCGACGGGAAAACUACACAUCUUUUGUCCGGCUCAGUUGAUACCAAACUGCGGGAGGACCUCGAAAGACUGAAGAAGAUCCGCGCACAUCGUGGUCUUCGUCACUACUGGGGUAUUCGUGUUCGUGGGCAGCACACCAAGACGACUGGUCGGCGUGGUAAGACUGUUGGUGUUGCAAAGAAGCGUGGUUAA